CUCAAAAGAGAGUAUUGUUUAUAUCACUAUUCUGAACAUGUGUUUAUAUGUGUUUUGUAAAUUGAUUAAUGUAUUCAUCAAUGCAAAAGAAAUCUAAUUGCUGGUUUAACAAAUUAUGCUUUAAUAAGUUUUGAUGGUAAUUAAGUUAUACGUGCAGAAGGUUAUUACAAAAGCAUGAAAAUUUUCAGAGAAACAUUUAAUUGGUUCUGAGGAAUUCACUUAUCUUGGGGUACUGAACAACAUGGCAAAAUAUAACUCGGAUGAAAUUGUUUUGAGUUACUAUGACUGUUUACUUAGAGCAAGGGAUGUAGCAUUACUGCAAGGAUCUCAUUGGUUGAAUGAUGUUGUAAUAGGAUUCUAUUUUGAAUACUUGGAUGCAAAGUAUAACACAAGUGAAAAGAAAGAAAUGUACUUCAUGAGUCCUGAAUUAACGCAGUUGCUCAAGAUGACAGAUCCAUCAGAAUAUAGCAUUUUGUUGGAUCAUGCUAGUGUAUCGGAAUGCAAAUGCAUAUUUUUCCCUUUAAACAAUUGCGACAGCAGAGAUACAGCAGGAGGAUCGCAUUGGAGUUUAUUAGUAUAUUGUAAAGCAGAUAAAAUGUGUUACCAUUUUGAUUCAUCAAAAGGUUAUAAUAAUAAUAUUGCUUCCAAAUUUGCAAAAAAUAUAACGAAUUUUGUACUCAAUAAAGAUAAAUCAAAUAAGAAAUUUGUUGAAGCGGACUGUCCUCAACAAGACAAUCCAUACGAUUGUGGAGUUUAUGUUCUAUGUCUAACAGAUGUAGUUGCAGAGAAUGUUUCAAAAACUGGAAGGGUAGAUGGAUAUGAUUAUGAUCAAGCUAAACAGUUAACACGUACAAAGCGUGCGGAGCUAUUGCACUUGAUAAAUGAAUUAAAACAAAAAUCGAGUGCUGAUCAGUAACAUGUGUAGUUUAUCAAAAAUUAAAUUUACAUCUGAAGUAUUUUCUUUAAAACAUUGUAAAUGUAAUCCAUAUUUAUUUCGUGUUGUAUACUUUAUUAAUAAUUUUGUAUUGCAUUCUUAUAGUGUAUUUAAUAAAUGAGUAUAGUACACUUAAUGUUAUGAUUUGGAA